UGCAACCAUUUCCAUCACUCCUCGAUCUCCCGGUUCAAACUCUCUCUCUCAUGAGCCAACAUUUUCUUGGAGACUUCACUACCACCUUUUCCGACGAUGUCAUCGACUUUAAUCUACCCGUUUUCUCCUCCCAAAACCCGGAUCUUUGGCUCGCCGAUUCUCACCCAAACUCUCUAGCUUUCAACCCACCAUUUUCGGAACCGGGCUAUUGCUUCAAUCCGGGCGUCGGUUUCUCCGGUUACGGGUUGAAUCCUGGAAUUGUGGAGUCCAUACCAUCUGGGCCGGACGCGAUCGGCGGUGUGUCGGGUCGGAGGGAUAUGGGGGGUGGCGAGGGGCGGCGUUACCGCGGGGUUCGGAGGCGGCCCCGGGGGAAGUACGCGGCGGAGAUAAGAGACCCGAAAAGGAAAGGGAGCCGGGUCUGGCUCGGGACAUUCGACGAGGCGGUGGACGCGGCGAGAGCUUACGACUGCGCGGCUUUCAGGAUGAGAGGAAGCAAGGCCAUCUUGAACUUCCCGCUCGACGCCGGCAAGUCUGAGGCCCCGGCUAUCACCUGCCGGAAGAGGAGGAGCAGGAGGAGCGACUCGCCGACAGAAUGAUGAAGUGGAUGUAGUGGAGUUGGAACUGCCAAGAACAAGAAUCACUUUGUGGUUUAUAUUUCCAAAUUCACUUGCUAAUGAUAAAUUAAUUAAUUUAGAAAUGGAAACAUUAUUGAUAUUAAUAAGGUAGACACUAGACUAAAA